AAUAUCAUACAAUUUAAUUUCAGACAUUUCAUACUAAUAUAAAAUCAUCUACUUUAUACCAUAAANCUUUUUUUCUCUUUCCCCCGAUCCCAAAUCCCCCCUUCUUCACAUACAUCCACAAUCUCAUCAUUCUAAAGGAGGGGGUCCUUUUUUCGUUUUCCCUUUUCUCACAAUGGCGGCCGACGAGAGCAACAAGAAGUACAUCACGUCAGACGAGCUCAAGAAACACAACAAACCCGACGACGCGUGGCUCUCGAUCCAGGGCAAGGUCUACGACGUGUCUGGCUGGCUCAAGGACCACCCAGGCGGAGACAUCCCCAUCCUCAACCUCGCCGGCCAAGACGUGACCGACGCCUUCAUCGCCUUCCACCCGGGCUCCGCGUGGGCCCACCUCGACCGCUUCUUCACCGGAUUCCACCUCCAAGACUUCCGCGUCUCCGAAGUCUCCCGGGACUACCGCACCCUCGUCAACCGCUUCGUGAAGUCCGGCAUGUUCGAGAAGAAGGGCCACGGCGUAAUCUACUCCCUCUGCUUCAUCUCCGUCUUGUUUGCCGCCUGCGUGUACGGUGUCCUCUACUCUGACAGCUUCGCGGCCCACAUGGCAUCCGGCGCUCUCUUGGGCCUCGCCUGGAUGCAGGUGACGUACCUGGGCCACGACUCGGGCCACUACGUCAUCAUGAAAACCCGGGGCUACAACAAGCUGGCGCAGAUCCUGACUGGCAACUGCCUGACGGGCAUCUCGAUCGCGUGGUGGAAGUGGACCCACAACGCCCACCACGUGGCGUGCAACAGUCUCGACCACGACCCGGACCUCCAGCACCUCCCAGUCCUAGCCGUCUCGUCACGCCUCUUCUCCUCAAUCACCUCCCGUUUCUACAAUCGCAAGCUCUCGUUCGACUCGUUCGCCCGUCUGCUAGUCAGCUACCAGCACGUCACAUUCUACCCGAUCAUGAUAGUCGCCAGAGUCAACCUCUACCUCCAGACCUUCCUCCUCCUCUGCUCCAAAAACCGAAAAGUUCCCGACCGAACGCUCAACAUACUCGGUAUCCUCGUCUUCUGGACGUGGUUCCCGAUGCUCGUCUCCUGCCUGCCAGACUGGACUGAACGGGUUCUGUUCGUGCUGGCCAGCUUCGCAGUCUGCUCGAUCCAGCACGUGCAGUUCUGCCUCAACCAUUUCGCGGCGGAUGUUUACGUGGGGGCGCCCAAGGGGAACGACUGGUUCGAGAAGCAGACGAGUGGGACGAUUGACAUAUCGUGCUCCAUUUGGAUGGAUUGGUUUUUUGGAGGGCUGCAGUUUCAGUUGGAGCAUCAUUUGUUCCCGAGGUUGCCGAGGUGCCACCUCAGGAGCGUGUCGCCUGUGGUGCAGGAGCUUUGUAAGAAGCAUAACUUGCCGUAUAAUAGUUUGUCGUUUUAUGAGGCGAACAGGUGGACGCUGAGGACGUUGAGGGCGGCGGCGAUUGAAGCCAGGGACUUCUCGUCGCCUGUGAGUAAGAACUUGUUGUGGGAGGCUGUGAACACGCACGGCUGAAGGAUGGUUGGUUUUUGUUGUGUGGUUGGUUGGUGUUUUGGUUUAGUUUAGGACUGUUUGAAUUUGAAUGAUAAGGUGUUUGUAUUGGAGGAUCAACAAUGUGUUUUUCUUUUUCUGUUUCUCUGAGACUGCUUUCUUUAAUUUUUUUUUUUUCCUCGCUUAUUUUCCUUAAUUAUUAUAAGCAUAUUGCUAUUUGGUGAAAAAUGUAUGAAAGAUGGUGUGUGGUGUUAUUACAUUUGUGUAGACUGUAGCUUUUGGAGAGAUAGCUUCAAUGUUCUUCUCACGAG